AUUCAUUUCGACAUUUCUUCUCAGGUAUGCGCCUCCAGCCUUCCCCUUUUGGUCUUGCGAUUCGAACUUCACUAGUCUAGACGAGAAUGCUGUGUAACUGUCGCUCCGACCGAAGCAUGGUGCUUGGUCUAUUGUUAUAUGUUAAUUAAAAACACCUGAUCGUUUGAAAUCAUCCGAGAAUGGGAUUUCUGGUCUUCCUUAUUCCCAUAGCUAACCGGUCGCCAUGUUAGCCCACUUAGCCGUCUUCCUCGUCUUACUGUUCAGCAUGACGGUCCGGGCAGCGAAGUUCACCCCUGAGGUGAUGCUGAGCGCCCCUCGUCGAAGUUCAGGCGUGCCAAACUCGGACGGAUCGCGGAUUUUAUAUAGUGUGUCCACGUACAGCUUUGAGAAUCACGGGAAGAAGUCCGAGAUUCGCGUCCUUGAUGCCAAGAGUAACGAGUCGAAACUGGUGACCGAUGCUGCCGGCGCCAGCGAACCGCAAUGGCUGAACGAUGAAGAUGUUUUGCUCCUUCUUCCCGGCCAAACUAAUUCGACCGACAUUGCUGUCGGCAAGGCGGAUGCUUUCGAAGCCACGAAAGCGAUCGCUGGCAACUUUGAUGGCUCGGGAACGAGCAUCCGUGUUAAAAAGAUAUCAGAUGACAAAUGGACAUUUGCCAUCACCGGUCUUGCCAAACCAGAUGGUACUCCAUACAGUGCGGGGAAAGCUCCAAAGAAGCUCUCUUCUGGAAAACUCUACAAGCAAACGUUUGUCCGACACUGGGAUUCCUAUAUUGCCCCUGAGAGAAAUGCUAUCUUCGUUGGAACCAUCACGAAACCGUCUAGCAGCGCUGAGAGCGGAAAGCUGUCCUACGCUUUGUCACCACUUCGAAAUGUGCUCGCCGGAACCGGACUGGAGUCACCCGUGCCGACAUUCGGCGGGAUUGACCACUAUGAUAUCGGCGAAGACCACAUAAUAUUCGUCGCGAAGGAGCCCACCCUCAAGGCCGGCUUCAGCACGAAAGUCAACGUGUACGUGGCAAAUCUUUACGGAACGCUGGCCGCAUCCGAUUUGAUAUACCAAGUGUUGGUCCCAGGCUUCGGUGGAGCCACCACUUCGCCGGUCUUCUCCAAAGACGGGAAGAAAGCCGCGUUCCUAAUGAUGCAGGAAGACGGAUACGAAGCCGAUAAGAACCAGUUGUUUGUGAUCCCGGAUGUCCGAAGACCGAAUUGGCUUCUGCAUCUGCUCAACUCCACCAAUGGCAAAGGCAGUUGGCCCUUGAGUCCGGGCGGUGUGUCGUUUAGCAAUAACGGCGACGACCUCUAUCUCGUUGCGGAAGAUAGAGGCCGGACGAGCAUUUUCACCACCCCAGUCAACCAGCCCGCGGAGUCGUCCCCCCCCAAGAAGAUUUACAGUGACGGGAAUGUUUCAGACCUGCGGGUUCUCGCCGAUGGCAAUAUUUUCAUCAGCGGAACCAACAUUGUCGACAAUUCGUUCUAUUCCAUUCUGUUCCCAAACCUAGGCACGGCGAAGCUCAUCUCAUCCAAUACCGAGAAUGGCAAGCUUGUGUCUCUCUCACGGUCUCAGGUCGCAGACGUCUAUUUCAAAGGUGCCGAACGCGACGUCCAAGCCUUCCUUCUGAAGCCAUCCAACUUCGACAGCGACAAGAAAUACCCGCUUGCGUUCCUUGUACACGGUGGCCCACAAGGUGCAUGGGAAGACGCUUGGUCCUCCCGGUGGAAUAUGGCUGUCUUCGCCGAAGCUGGAUACGUUGUGUUCGCACCCAAUCCCACCGGCAGCACUGGGUUUGGCCAAGACUUCACUGAUGCGAUCCAGGGGCAGUGGGGCGGCUUACCUUACAAAGAUCUCGUGGCCGGCUAUCAAUGGAUCGAGGAGAACCUCGACUACGUCGACCUCGACAAGACCGUGGCACUGGGCGCAAGCUACGGCGGCUACAUGAUGAACUGGAUCCAAGGCCACGAGCUCGGCCGCAAGUUCAAGGCGAUCGUCUGCCACGACGGGGUGUUCAGCAUGGUGUCGCAGCUCGCUAGCGAGGAGCAGUGGUUCCCCACCCACGAUCUGGAAGGGUUCUAUUGGAACAACGAGGAGAAAUGGUUGCGCUGGGACCCGGCGCGGUUCACGGGGAACUGGAGCACACCGCAGCUGGUCAUCCAUUCCGAGCUAGAUUACCGGUUGACCAUCGCGGAAGGUCUGGCGGCGUUUAAUGUGCUGCAGGCGCGGGGAGUGGAGAGCCAGUUCUUGACGUUUCCGGAUGAGAAUCACUGGGUGCAAAAGGAAGAGAACAGUCUGAUGUGGCAUACGGCGGUGUUGAACUGGAUUAAUAAGUUCGUGGGAUAUCCGCCGUACAAAGCCGAGGAUGAGGCGCCAGGGACGGUAAUCAACCACUAGUAGGGAAUGCAACGGAGAAGUCAUGGGCUAUGAGAUAUAUGAUCAUCUGGUCAUUUUUAGCGCAGUUAUAGCGUCGAGUAACGGUCUUUCGUUCAUUCCUCGGAAAAUCGUUUUUGGGAUAACUCUCAUGGCUCCCUAGGUAUCUCUUCAUCAUCUUAAUCGAACGCCCCUCAG